AUGGCCUCUUUUCAUCCAGGAGAGAAUGUGUUCUUCUUGGUGACCAAUUUCCUUGUGACGCCAGAACAAGUCCAGGACAGAUGCCCAGAGCACCCCUCCAUUCCGCUGGCUAAUUGCUGGGCCGAUGAGGACUGUCCUGAAGGGGAGACGGGGAUGCACAGCCACGGCAUAAAAACGGGCCAAUGUGUGGAAUUCAACAGGACCCACAGGACUUGUGAGAUCCAGGGCUGGUGCCCCGUGGAGAGCGGCACUAUGCCCAUGAAGCCCCUACUGAUCCAGGCAGAGAACUUCACCCUGUUCAUCAAGAACACUGUCACCUUCAGCAAGUUCAACUUCUCCAAGUCCAAUGCCUUGGACACCUGGGACGCCACUUAUUUCAAGCGCUGCCGCUAUGACUCACGCUACAGCCCCUACUGCCCUGUGUUCCGCAUUGGGGAACUCGUGGCUGCGGCUGGAGGGGUCUUUGAGGACCUGGCAUUACUGGGAGGUGCUGUGGGCAUCCGAAUCCACUGGAAUUGUGACCUGGAUGCUGGGGGUUCCGACUGCCGGCCCCACUACUCCUUCCAGCUUCAGGAGAGGAGCUACAACUUCAGGACAGCCACUCACUGGUGGAAGGCCUCAGGUGUGGAGGCCCGGAGUCUGCUCAAGCUCUUUGGGGUCCGUUUCGACAUCCUCGUCACUGGACAGGCAGGGAAGUUCGGGCUUAUCCCCACAACCAUCACUCUGGGCACCGGAGCAGCUUGGCUGGGUGUGAUCACCUUCUUCUGUGACCUGCUGCUGUUGUACGUGGAUGAAGAAGCCCAUUUCUACUGGAGCACCAAAUAUGAGGAGGCAAAGGCCCCGAAGGUGACCACCAACUCUGAGGAGACAGAGCCAGCUUCAACACCCCCGCACAUGGCUUCCCAGGUGUCUUAGAGGGGACCCAGUCUGGGAACCAGACACCAACACCAGAGUGGCCAUGCCCAGGCUCCAGCCCCCACUCACUGGCCUGUUCCUGAGGCCUGUGACUGUUUCCUGCUGGUUUGCCGGGUGGGGGCCCCGUCUUGGGGACCUGCUGGAUAAAGCCCCAGCAGGACCAGGGUGGGGGUUGCGGGGAAAAUCCCACCCUUCCACUCCCAGACGGACUGUCCUUCCACUGACUCCAGACUCAGCAGGGUGCUGCCUGGCGGCAGAGGGAGGCACAGAAGCCAGUUCUGUAUAGAGACCCAAAGCAGAACAGGAGCCACGGAGAAGGGGAGACCCUGGGGCACCCAAGCAGCAGGGCUGUGGUCCAGUGGGGCUCCUGCUGUGUGUAGGUCUAGAGAACUCGCUCCUAGUCUCCAUCACCAGUGUUCCCAGCAGUGGCCUGCUCACCAGCUGUUAGCACCGACCCUCCCACUGGCUGUGGCAGACUCCAGCCCUCCUCCCUCUGCCAGCACCCCAUCGUAGCACCCCUAUCAUAGGUAGAGCCCCUCCCUCUCAGCUGUGCUGCACUGGGGACUGUGCAACCAGAGUCUGAAGCAAGGUAGAAAGAAGCCUGAUAAGAGGGGUCAGGCUGCUCUGCUGUUGGGUUGCCUGGGCCAGGUUCCUACCCAACUCUGGGCCUAGCCCAUGGAAUGAAGAGUGGGUAGGCAGAUAAUCCAACCCCUUGGGACCCCAGGCAGGACACAUUCACCCUUUGGUCUCACAUCUGCUCAGUUUAUCAGCAUCAGCCCCUCCCUGGUAGUAGCCCUUGGGCUGUGGGGUUUGGGAUAGGGAGGAUGGGACGGAGCGGCUGAGAUGGUGGUCACUGGGUCCUUUGGGAUCUUCUGUAAGCCUCCUCCUUAACCCCCCACCCCCAGCUCAAACCCUAGAACCUGCUCACUGGAUCCAUGGGGGUAGGGAGGCUGUACAUCUGGAAUUCACUGCUACCCAAGCUCAUAUCUAAGAACCUGUCCCGGCAUCUGCUUGUCCCAGCCUGAGGCAACUGCAUGCAGGAGACCUUAAUCCUAACCCCCUGGCAGAGGAACGUGGCAGGAAGGAAUGUCCUUAACAAAGGACACAAAAGCCCCCAGCGGGCUGGAUUGGUAUCUUUCUGCAGUCUGAGUCCGGCCUGCUGGAGAAUUUCUCCUGUCCCAGAGUUCCACAGUCACGGGCUGCAGGAGCAAAACUCCCUGUGGUCCCAGGGCAGAGGCAGGAAUUUGGGAGUGCCCUCCCAAGGAAGGCAAGGGACUUCUCUUUCAUGGGUCCCUGGUGACCAGGGGUAUGCUGGCAGCUUGGCGGGGGAGCAACAAAGACCAGCUGGGAGGGCCAGGGCUGGGGCUCAGGCUGGCCUAGCAUCUGCCAUUACCUGGCACCUGGAGCCUCAGCAAAGCCUUGGGGUCUCUGCCGCUUCUCAAUCCCCAGAGCAGUGUCCAUGCGGAGGCAGGUUCAGGAGAGCCAUGGUGAGAGAACAUGGCUCUGAGGCCUGGUUAUUGGAGUGGGGUCACAUGCACCUGGUUGUCCUCAGGGCCCUGAGAAAGCUGUUAUAGCUGCGGAAAGUCAAGGAGUAAAGCCUGCUAAACCCAGCAGCUUCCUGUGUAGUCCUUACAGGCAGGAUGGGGAGUUGGAAGCAUCUACGAUGGACGUGGCAUGGCUUUAGCAAGACCAGUGGGGGAAGGGGUGGGGCCUCAGGACACCCCCCCCCCCCAAGGACCGGGGCCUCACAGCCACCAGCUGGGCUCGGAGGUGCUCGUGCAUCCGUACGCAGGCGUGUAUACCAUACAUGCGUGUACCAUCCUGAGCCGUUAUGGCAAAGCCCUUGAGGGAAGGGGGAGAGAGGGAGGAGUGCCGGCUGUGACAGCUAGGCAGCUGUGGCCAGAGCCUGAGGCUGGAAGCAGCUGUUGCUCAGUCUGCAGGCCAAGCGGGCACACGCCUCAGAGGAGCCCUGGGCAGGCCUCGGGGACAUGCUAUGCUUUCUGGGAGCCCUGGGAACCCAGGAAGACCCUGGAACUCCACUGCCCUUUCUAGGAGACCUUUUUGGGGCCCAGGCUCUGCUCUCUGGAUCUGCCCUCUCAAGGGACAUGCGGGGAGCUGGUGGGGGGGAGCUGACUCUGCCGUUUUCAUGGACCCCUCCUCUCCUGGUGUGUGUCGGGGUGUAUAUAGCUCCCCUCGGAGCUGCAGAGGGCACCAGCCUAAGGACAGGACCCCAGGACCCAGGCUGGGUGGUGUCUCCGAUUCAGGGUUGUCCCAGAGCCGGUGCCUCCCUCUUGCCAAACCGCGGCAUCUUUGCUGUGGAUUGGAGACAAUCACCUGGUUUCUGGGGGCAGGAAAGCACUCAGUGCUUUCACAAGGAAUGAAAUGGUGGACACAGCAGCAGGUAAUGUGGCUGUCCAAGAGGUUAUUAUUGUGGAUAUCUGGGGCUGCAGGCCUCUCCCCCGCCCACCCUCACCCACCC